GUUUACCUCAGAAUUUGAUUCCAUGGAGUGCCUUGGCAGAGGAGCCUUCGGUUGUGUUUACAAAGCAAGAGAUAUACAGCUAAAGAUGGAUUAUGCUGUAAAGAUCGUCUGCUGCGAAGAGAAAUCUCUUCAAGAAGUAAGGACAUUGUCAGGCCUUCUCCACCGUAAUAUUAUUAGAUACUACAAAUAUUGGAUGGAGGAUUCAGGAUACCAAUGGAACAUUUUAGCUGACAGUAACAGCUCUUCACAGCCCAGAGAUAAUUCAUCGGCAAAGUACCUCUAUAUUCAGAUGGAGUUAUGUGACACCAAAACACUUCGAGUGUGGAUUGAUGAGAAGAACACUCAGCCUCUG